AUGGCCGUAUUCAAAUCCUGGAACCUUGCCUUACUCUCCUCUCUCUUCAUCCCCGCCCUGUGUCAGUCCAACUACCCGGACUGCACAACGGGCCCUCUCUCUGAACUUCCCAUAUGCGAUACCAGCCUGUCCCCUCUCGAACGAGCAAAAUCCCUUGUCUCUGCCCUGACACUCGAAGAGAAAAUCAACAACACGGGCCACGAAGCAGCUGGAAGCUCCCGCUUAGGUCUCCCUGCGUACAACUGGUGGAACGAAGCCCUGCACGGAGUCGCUGAAAAACACGGCGUGAGUUUCGAAGAGUCUGGUGAUUUUAGCUACGCGACAUCCUUCCCAGCACCCAUUGUGCUCGGUGCCGCGUUCAACGAUGCGCUCAUCAGGAGAGUCGCUGAGAUAAUCUCUACUGAGGCGCGGGCGUUUUCGAACUCCGACCACGCAGGGAUCGAUUACUGGACGCCGAAUGUAAAUCCAUUUAAAGAUCCAAGAUGGGGUCGCGGGCAGGAAACACCCGGUGAAGACCCGCUGCACUGCUCGCGCUAUGUCAAAGAGUUUGUGGGCGGCUUGCAGGGCGACGAUCCCGAGAAGCCGAAGGUCGUUGCUACGUGCAAGCAUCUCGCGGCAUAUGAUCUGGAAGAAUGGGGCGGAGUCAGCCGGUUCGAGUUCGACGCAAAGGUGUCCGCUGUCGAUCUUCUCGAGUACUAUCUUCCGCCUUUCAAGACCUGCGCCGUUGACGCAAGCGUCGGCGCGUUCAUGUGCAGUUAUAAUGCCCUCAAUGGGGUUCCCGCAUGUGCGGAUCGAUAUCUCCUCCAGACAGUGCUGCGUGAGCACUGGGGAUGGGAGGGUCCAGGACACUGGGUGACCGGUGAUUGUGGUGCUGUUGAGCGCAUCCAGACGUACCACCACUACGUUGAGAGUGGACCUGAAGCCGCGGCUGCGGCGCUGAAUGCCGGCGUGGACCUGGACUGUGGGACCUGGCUUCCAAGCUACCUGGGGGAGGCGGAAAGGCAGGGCUUGAUCAGCAAUGAGACGCUGGACGCGGCGUUGACGAGACUAUAUACGAGUCUCGUACAGCUGGGGUACUUUGAUCCGGCCGAGGGUCAACCGCUGCGGUCCCUGGGCUGGGACGAUGUAGCGACGAGCGAGGCGGAGGAGCUCGCAAAGACUGUCGCGAUCCAGGGCACCGUGCUGCUGAAGAAUAUCGACUGGACCCUUCCACUGAAGGCGAACGGCACACUGGCACUUAUUGGGCCCUUUAUCAAUUUCACCACCGAGCUGCAGAGCAAUUAUGCGGGCCCGGCCAAGCACAUCCCGACCAUGAUCGAGGCAGCAGAGAGACUCGGCUACAACGUUCUCACCGCGCCAGGGACAGAGGUGAAUUCGACAAGCACAGACGGAUUCGAUGAUGCCCUCGCAAUAGCUGCAGAGGCCGACGCCCUGAUCUUCUUUGGCGGGAUCGACAACACCGUCGAGGAGGAGUCGCUUGAUCGAACACGCAUCGACUGGCCCGGGAACCAGGAGGAACUCAUUCUGGAACUCGCCGAGCUGGGAAGACCGCUGACGGUCGUGCAGUUCGGCGGCGGCCAAGUUGACGACUCAGCGCUGCUGGCAUCUGCCGGCGUCGGUGCGAUUGUCUGGGCCGGGUAUCCCAGCCAGGCCGGUGGCGCAGGGGUCUUUGAUGUCCUGACCGGUAAAGCAGCGCCCGCCGGUCGACUACCGAUCACGCAGUAUCCCAAGAGCUAUGUCGACGAGGUUCCGAUGACAGAUAUGAACCUGCAACCUGGAACAGAUAAUCCCGGCCGCACAUAUAGAUGGUACGAAGACGCGGUCCUGCCAUUCGGGUUCGGACUGCAUUAUACGACAUUCAAUGUCUCGUGGGCGAAGAAGGCAUUUGGGCCGUACGAUGCUGCCACCCUUGCCAGGGGCAAAAAUCCCAGCUCGAACAUUGUCGAUACAUUCUCCCUCGCAGUCACCAAUACGGGAGACGUCGCUUCUGACUAUGUUGCGCUGGUGUUCGCCAGCGCUCCUGAGCUCGGGGCUCAGCCUGCGCCGAUCAAGACGCUGGUCGGGUACAGUAGGGCCAGUUUAAUCAAGCCUGGGGAGACAAGAAAAGUAGACGUCGAGGUUACCGUUGCGCCGCUGACGAGGGCGACUGAGGAUGGCAGGGUGGUACUGUACCCAGGAGAGUAUACACUGCUUGUGGACGUCAACGAUGAGUACCCGACAGCUAAGUUUGAGAUCAAGGGGGAUGUGCAGGUGCUUGAAAAGUUUCCGUUGUCAGGUAACGACAGUGAUUAG